UUAGAAUCAACAAUAAAGAUCAAGCAGUGACCAGGAUAUAUUAUUCGUUUCAAAAUAUAAAUGUUACUGAAGUAAAUUUAGAGUACUAUGACGUUUAUAUACCUGUACAUGUAUAGGAGCAUUGUUUCGUUUUAUUUUGUGAAAUCUGCAGUAACGUUGAAUUGCAUCCCGGAUUCAACAAACAAAGCGAGCUGGAGUAAAGAGGACUUCCCGAACCCUCAAACGGACCCUGGAAGGUGUGGAAGAGAUUGUAAAGCGUCGUGGAUUUGUGAUCCUGGGCAUAUACUAUCAAGUCAAAGAGCGGACGAACUGGACUCCUUUAUAAAUGAGAUUGCGAACUCAGGAAAAUGCAAAUGCUCACAGUGUUCCGAUCAAGAUGGUUUUAAUAUAUCUGUGGCUUUGAUUCCAUCCAUUAACAGUGCAGGAUUGAGUGAUAAGGAGACAAAAACAAGGGAAUUUGCUGAAUAUUUAAGAAAAAAGUCGUGGAAUUUUCAAAUCUGUGGAAAUAACAUUGUUAUAUUGGUAUCCAGAGAUGAUAGACAGGUUUAUACAGAUGCUGGUCCGUUAGCAUACCAAUCACUAACUUUGGAAUGCAUAGAGGAAGUGUAUGAAGCUGUUAGACCUAAAUUUACUGACGGCCUUUAUUAUGAGGGACUGCGGGAAAUGAUAGAACACUACAGAACUACUCUAGAAAAUGGUAAUUGUAAUCACAUAGAAACAACAGAAGGUGUCGUUGGUGUAAUAGUUGGAAUUGGCUUUGGUGCAUUUUUUGUCUCAAUGGUGAUAAUUGGUAUGUGCAUUUGUCGGCGUGGAAGUGGUGGCUGUUACGCAGGUAGUACGGGUCAUGGGCACUACGGAAAUCAUCAUCAUCAUAACGGCGGAGGAGGAGGCGGCGGCGGCGGUGGUGGAGGCGGAUUUUCAGGAGGUGGAGGAGGAGAUGGGGGUGGCGGAGGAGGAGGUGGAUUUUAGCCGGUUUGAAGAACAAAGCAACACGAACAAUGACAGCUACUGUAUUUGCUUUAAUCAUAUUAGUGAAUUAUGAGAAUGCCAAGCAUUAAUUACUAGAUAGAAGGAAGAGUUCUAACAGUUGUACAUCUUAGAUAUAACAUUCCUAGAAAUUGUCUUCCAAUUCGUUCUGCAUUUUUGUUUUAAAUUUUAAAUACAUGACAGACCAGACACUUAAUAUAUAAUUAGUCUUUCGUAUGCGUUUAUUUUCAUCAUUUGUAUUAUAUUUGUUUUAUUUUCUUAAUAAAUUUAAGAAAUAA